UCACUCAGAGGCGAUUCAGUUCUGCUUUUUCUCUUGGAGCUCUGAGAAGAUCAGUACAGAAUAGUUCAAGUGGUUUCCCAACUGGAAAUCAAUUCCCUCCACCGAAAUAAUUUCCUGGUUGAGACACAGAAAUCUCUCAAGGUCAGAUUUUAACACAGACAUCACUCUACUCACUCUCAAGAUGACCGAUGAAGAGAUCACUUAUGCAACUGUGAGAUUCCUGAAGUCUUCUUCAGGGUUGCAGAAUGAAGGAAAGUCUAAUGAGACUCAAGGGCCCAAAAAAGCUGGCCACAAAGAGGGCUCAGUCCCAUGGCAUCUCAUUGCAAUACCUCUGGGAAUUCUUUGUUCCAUUCUUCUGGUGGCUCUUGCAGUGUUGGUGGCACACAUUUUUCAGUGUAAACAAGAAAAACAUGAAUUGCAGAAAACUCUAAAUAAUAUUGAUCAAGAGUACAGAACCAUGAAAACUUACUACUACUUAAGGAAAGAAAUGUUGAGAAAUAAGUCCAUAGAGUGUGAUGCUCUCAAAGACCAUCUGAAUUCUCUCGAAAGAAAACAGAACAGAUGCUAUGGGGAAGGCAAACAUUUUAAAGGACACUGGUUCUGCUGUGGCAUAAAAUGUUAUUAUUUCAUCAUGGACCCUAAACAAUGGGAGAAAUGUAAUCAGACCUGCCAGAAAUUCUGUACAUCCCUUUUGAAGAUAGAUGAUGAUGAUGAACUGAAAUUCCUUCAGCUCCAAACUAAUCAAAACAAUUACUGGAUUGGAUUAUCAUAUAAUGAAAAAGAAAGAAAAUGGCGACGGAUUGACGAUGGCCCAUCUAACCUUGACUGGAAAAUAGUAAAUUUCAGUCGUCAAACUGGAAGAUGUGCACUUUUAUCUAGAAGAAGACGAGGUGAUACUAAGUGUGAAAAUCGUUACCCCUGUAUCUGUGAGAUGAGAAUGGACUAAUUCCCCGAUUCACCCUCCAGCAAGAGGAUUUCAUCCUCUGUGCAGAUGGAGGGAUGUGCUGGAAGAGGGUGAAAACACUCUCCCGAAUCUGACUUGACAGAGCAGAGGACAUCUUUCUUCCUGGAGGAGUAUAUCUUCUCAGAACAUGGACACCCCAUUACCCCAAGGCCCUGAAGAAUCUACACUUUCUUUUUUCUUACAUACACAUAGAACUAAAUAAAGAACCCUAAUAAACA